GCGAGGCUCCCCUUUCCUCCGGGAGCUGCUCCCGCUCCCUUCCCCGGUGCAGCCCCUUCGCCUCCCCAGCACCGAUUUAGCGCCCGCAGACGGAGCUCUCCUUCUAACAGGUAUUUGGUGCAGGGUCCUGUCUUGCCGGUGCCAGAAUGGCUUUCCUCUAGCCCAAAGUGUUGAAGGUUGUAUGGUGUAGGCAUGGAGAACCCAAACAAGGUCACGAGAGGCAGAAGGAAAGAAAACGUACCACCUCGUUUAAGCAGCAACACCACGCCAGAGCAAAGAAAUGUUCAGAAGAACAUCAACGUUAAUUUGUUCUCGGACUCCUUCAGCUGCGCUGCCGUUUCCCGUCACAGGUCUGGGCCUCCCAUCCCAAGCAGAGCUGCUUCCCAUGGAAAGUCGCGAGUAGCAUCUGUCCAAGGUGCCAAACCAACAGGACGCGUUCUGGUUCAGACCAACCUCUCAUGCCCUCACCAGCCUCUCUGGCACAGCCCCAGUGGGUUCUCCGGUGGCUCUUCCCAGCAGCAAAGCAACCUUGAGAACAAGCUGCGGUGUUGCAGAUGGGAAAACGCGGCCUGUGUCGGUGACCCUCCCUGGCAUUCCGCCGUAGAUCUUGGUCCAAACUGUUCUUGCUUGGAUCCAGUUGGUUUGAAAAGAGGCCCUAAAAAUGACUUCUCAGGCAGGAGUCAGACACCGAGGGAUGGACUCAGGCUCUCCUCCAAUGAUGUCUCCAAAGGGAGGACUGGAAACAAAGACCAGCAUGUGUUAAAACAACCGAGGGGUGGUUUCUCUUUGUUGGAAACGACUCGUGGGACUGCUGGAGAUUGCUUCUGCCCACCUGAGUUGUCUGAGAGGUCCUCUGCCUCCUCGUUUCUCCAUGACCCGCGUUUGUGUCCAGUGAGCCCCAGCAGGAGUUCGAGUUCCUCACCUCCUGGACCUGCCCUCACCUUGGAGCACCUGAGCUCCUCCACCUCCAUUGGGAGCCACCCAACCACGGCGACGUUGCAGGUCCUCUUAUGUUCUUCCCAAGUGUCCGCUGAUCUGCACGGCUCCAUCCAGCAGCUUAAGAAAGAAGCAGCUUCAAUGGGGGCACAUGGUUCGUUCCCCUGGGAGUCCAAGCCUUUUCCGCGACCUCACCCUUCGCAUGUGGAUCCUCGGGUCUCUGGUUCAGGCAGGCUGUGCGCCGCAGAGCAGCUUGCUAGAGAAGACAGUUGUGCCAGGCAAGCCAGCAUGAAAUGGCGCACCUCCUUUGCUAGAGAGUGGGGACUUGGUUCCACCCCAGGUGCUUUGGAAUAUGCAGAACCUCACCCUGCUGGCUACAAGUGCAAAAAUGCAGGACUGUACACACACCCAGUGGAGGCCUCAGACCAACUCCGGCUACCGGCCUUCUGUAACGGAGUUGGUUCAGCCUCCUGGGUAUGUCAAGGAGAAGAAAGUUGCUCUAACCCUUCAUUUUGCUACCACAGAUGUUGCUCCGGAACGCAGCAGGUUCUGGAAAGAAAGGGUACCAGCUGUCCUCUAAAAACCCAUUAUCACCAAAAGACACGUGAUCCAGAAGAACUUUCCUCCAGAUUCUUCCACUGUUCUGAAGUGGAGCACGGGGACACUCCACUGGGUCUUCCUUCCUUUGAUGGUUUGGAGGUACCCUUGGAGACAUUGCAUGUCAGGCCCCCAGUGAACCCAGGGGUGACCAUGUACGGCACCCAAAGCGAAGGGCAUCUGACAUACUGUUCUCCUGAAGUCGGCCAGUUUGGGAAAGGUUCUGAAUAUGUAGACAUGUGUCAACUUCAAGAUGAACCAGGAGGGGCUGACGGGGACCCACCGACCAUGCGUGUCCUAGAUGAAGAUGCUCUGCCUCUGCCUGCUCACAACUCCUUGGAGGAGAUAGCUGGAAAAAGCUUUGGAGAGCAUUCGUCAGCUGCCAUGGAUGGUAAGGGCCCGACCGUCUUUGGAGGAAGUGCCCCUGGUUCCAAGAAUUUCAGCACCAGGGACUGUUGGCCUGAUGCGGAACAGGGGCACGGUGAAGAGCUCCCUGCAGAAAAGAAUGCCGAGAGUUCCACGCUUCCACGCUGUGAGGAGAGCCGUCAUGGGGUGGACGCUGUGCGGAAGGAGGCUCUGGGAAGAAACAAUGAGUCGAUGGCUGGAGGGAAAAACAGGGAUUCUCCAAGGAGCACCCUGCUGCUAGCGAAAUGCUUUGCAGCGUGGCGCAACCGAGUCUUUGGCAGAAGGGCUGCCGCUCAGGCUCUGUACGAACGGCAGUUGCUGCGCAAAGGACUCGGGGCCCUGAAGUGGGCAGUGGAGCUGCGGGAUGUCCAAGUUGGCAUCGCCCAGCGGAGACACAAUUUGACCCUGCUGGCCACCAGCUUCUGCAAAUGGCAGCGUGCCAUGGAGAAGAAGCGGAAGGAGCAAGCUUCAUGCACAGAGAUGGAGACCCAUGGCAGAGAUUUUCCGACAUCCCUGCUAGGAGAGAAAAUCGCCAAGGGCCCCAUAUUUCGCCAGCUGCCCGCAGAGUGCCUGGAAGCAGCCACCCAGUACAGCAAGGCAGAAGGAAACCUGUGGCUGCAGAUUCACCACAACCAGGGAGUAGACAAGCUGUGCAGAACGGCCCAGGCAGUCCGGGACAUGCGGCGUCUGGCUGCAGCAUUCAGAUUAUGGCGCCUACAGAAGGAGCAUCUGGAUAAGGAGCAAUCCCGUGCCCAAGAAGCUUGCGCCCUCCUGGAGAAAAAGAGGUUGAGGAACGUGUUCAGGACGUGGCAGUCCUGUUGCAGGGCGACCAAGAGGAUUUUGCCACUGAUGGCUCAGAUCCAACGAAGGCUGGUCAGCCGGUGCUUCAACACCUGGAAGGGCUUUGCUGAAAGGGAGGCUUGUGCCAGAUGCUGCCGGGACCGCCAGCGGGUCGGAGCCCUGAGGCUGUGCUUCCAGCAGUGGGCCCUGAUGGUGCAGGUCCGGGAACAGGCCAGAAAGACGCUGCGGGAGCUGUUGGCCCUGAGACGGAGGACUGCCUAUGAAAGGUUUGGUUUUGCUGUUAAUGCUCCCAAGACACAACCACAUCUGAACACUGUAAGGGAGUCUCAAAGGAACGGACCCGACACCCUGGAUGGCCUCUUCGUUGCGUUGGUGUUACAGAAAAUGUUUUAUGUUUGGAAAACAAGAUGGCAACAACAGCAACAGGCUGAUGCCGUCCGUCGUGCUCUGGAGCGAAGGCAGCUCAGGAGGGCUCUGGGCCAUUGGCGCUGGAAGGCCCUCUCUCGGACUCCUCUCAGACGCUGCCCCAGGGAUCUUGCUGAGGACCCGUUCCUUGCCUCGCUGGAUUCGGAUGAGUUCUCGCAGUCCUCCGGCUUCCACAGCAACACCCCUGCCCUGCCGGUCUCCAGUGACUCAUUGGACAGGGAGAGCAGUCUGAUGGACAGCAGCCCUGGCAGCUUCUCCUCCUUGGUGACCAUCACAGAUUCCAGGCAGCUUCCGCACCUCGUCUCAUCUCCGACCCCUUCCCUUGGCUGGGAAGACCUCGGGCAGGAAGCUGUGGAGCCUUGCAUUCAAAAUCAAAACAUCGGGAAAGAAGACUUCGUGAGAGGUCCCUUCCAGUCCUGGGGGGUUCUUGGCCCCGACUGCGAAGUUCACUCCAUCACCGUGUCCUCCUCAUGGGAAUCAGAAAGAUCUGGAGGGGAUGAAAAGGACCUUUUUGAGAAUCAGAGGCAGCUCCUGGAAAGAUGCUUUGCGUGCUGGUCAUCUCAGACUCUGCAGAACUUGAAAGGCAAAGAGUUUCGCAGGCGCACCCUCCUCUCUUGGGCUUUUAUUUCCUGGACUGUUGCCACAGCGCGUAGUUCUGUGCAGCGUAAGGCCCAGGUCUGGUUGGAGAGCACCCGGCAGCAACAUCUUUUGGCCUCCUGCUUUGGGAAGUGGAAGGACGAGGUCUUGAGAACCAAACAGCAAAAGGAAGAGAAAAACCUGCCAAGGAGCCCUGCUGGGUGCAAAACCACGUGGCGCUGGAGGAAAGCGGUCAGGGGUUGCCAGGCCCUGCGGCUGAAUGCGGGGACCACAGUGCAGCAGAGCGGCAGUUACUGGACAAAAGCAGCUGCCAUGUCCCUGUGCCUGCGACAGCGGAGCAGCCUCGUCGGAGCCUCCAAAUUCAUGAAGAUUUCCCUCUCCUGGCCAAGCCAGCGGAGAAGGAGCAGAGAGGAGGGACUCCCUUCCAGUUUAGCUGUCUGCGCCAGGCUGAACGGCAGCUCUUUCCACGUCUGGCUGAUGCUCUACAGAUGGCAAAACAGGACGGCGGGGCCUUCUCAACAGGGGCCCCUGGAGAGUCCAGGCAGAACAGAAGGGAGAAGGAAACCUGUCCAGAUCCAGGACAGCAGCGCUGAAACGGAUUCAACGAGGUGGCUUUGGAGGAAAUACCUAAGACUCUGGAGGCGCAACGUUCUCCUGCGUCGUUUCCAGGAUGCUCGGAGGAUGCGCCUCCUGGUGAGGGCGUGGCUACUCUGGAAGGAUGCCUGCAGGACCGAGUGGGUGAUACAAGCUUUGGCAUGGCAGAGGCUGGCCCAGUGGGGCUGGAAGGCGUGGAGACGGCGUUGCCUGCAGGCGUGGGUGGCUGAGCAUUUCCUGGAGGCCCAGAACAGGAGCCUACUCAAUAGGGCUUUUGGAAGGUGGCGGCACCUGGCAGCAAAAGCCAACGACCAGCCCCAAGGGAGCUUUGAAAUCUCCAAGCCUGUUUCACACAACAAGGUGGCAGAUUUAACCAGGGCAUGAAACUAGAUGCCCAAGGACAUGGAUACAGCCAGGCGAUUUCUCUCCAAUAACAUGC